AUGUCUGCUGUCAACCCAGUUAACCCCAAACCUUUCAUGCAAGAACUCACUGGGAAACCAGUGUUCGUUAAACUAAAAUGGGGGCUAGAGUACAAGGGUUAUCUUGUCAGCACCGAUGGGUUCAUGAAUCUUCAAUUGGCAAACACAGAGGAGUAUCAAGAUGGAAAGUCUAAUGGCGCACUGGGAGAGGUGUUUAUAAGAUGCAACAAUGUGCUAUAUAUUAGGGAGGCACCCACUGACAAAUCCGAGUAGACGGCGGUCGUGUUGCGCGUUGUGCGUUGUCUCACCUCCACUCAGGAUUUCUGGUCGUCAAUGCGAGAAGCGAAUCACGUAUUUGCUAGUCUUGCUUGUAUUAUAUGUGACAUACUGGCGAAGUAUUCUUCCUCCUGUGCUACGCACUAUAUUGACUGUAGGGACGUCAAUCGAUCUAACGUAACUGAGAAAAUACAAUCGCUGAAACCUAUGCUUAGCGUUGUAAACAUGACCUCAGUAUCGCUUCGGCUCUUUCCAUAAACGCAACAUAUAUUGCCCUUGCGACUAGGAGCGCUCCACCAUAUCUGCCUCUG